AUGCCGAGAUCUUCUGCGCUCUGUGAAGAUAGUAUGGGAGGCCUGGACGAUUUGGAGGAUGAUGAAGACGACCUGGAAGAUGGGGAUGCCGAGGACACUACUGAUGUUCAGGCGGAUGAUGAUGAUAGUAUAAGCCGAAGCUCUUUGAGCAGUAAAAUUCGACGUGCUGGAGAUGAGCUUUCCCGAAAGUCAAGUAAGUCUUCAGUUGCACGAUCUUCUAUCUCUACUGGAGCAGGCGGAACCGGUAGUCUGGUUGGGUGUGUCAGAGCUGGCUCAGGAUCCGUAGCACGCGGUCUUGUUGGACGAACUCCGGCCGAUUCUGGUUGCAGUCUCGCUUCUAUUCCUAACCAAACCUCGAUCAGCACUUGCCCCUUAUCUACAGGUAACUCUAGCAGGCGACCGCCUCGUUCGGCUAGUCGUCGAGUGCUGAUGGUAGAAACUAGUGAAGAGGAGGACGACGAAGAGGAGGGGGAUGAAGAUGACGAUGAUAGCAGGAUGCAGCCCCGUGUGCAUGUAACAGUUAGGGUACGACCGGUUCCCGCCAGACAGGGCGAAAAUGAAGGAGAGGAUGAGGAGGAUGAAGAGGAUGAGGCCGGUGAUGAGGAAGACGAAGAGAUGGCGGAAGAAGCGGCAGAUAUCAACGGGACCCGUGCUCUUGGAAUGGAGGAAGAUGAGGACGAGGAUGAUGUCGAAGACGUAGAAAGUGUUUCUACGAGACGGGUGGCUCCGGAAGUUUGA